AUGGUCAAAGUUAAGAUGAGAAACACUCAACAAAAUAAAUUUUCUACAGUUGAGGGUGUUGACUCAUUUUGCGAUGCCUGCUCUAAUCAAAGUUACAAAUGUAAGUUACAGACUAGAUACACAUAUUUGGAGAACAAUAUUGAUACAAAGAACGGUCUCCUGUCUCAGAUGUUUGAGAAGAGAGUUUUAACAUUGAAAGAGAAACAAAGCAUAGAAAGGCUCCAGUGCAAUCAAGACAGAAACAGAAGAUUGGUUGACAUUUUUCUGGAGUUCAAAACACACAUGCAUUACAUGUCAUUUCUGGAAUGCUUAGUGUCUACAAAUCAAUCUCACAUCACGAUGCAUCUUGAAAAUCUCAAGUCAUGCUCCUCUUAUAUCCCACAGGCAGAACCGUCAGAAGCAUCUAGAGCUGACUUGUUAGAGGUUGGUCAUAUUGCAAUUCCAAGAGAGAAGGCAGUCAUCGGCCUGUGUACAGUGAACAACAACAUUUACUUCAUCUGCCACAAGAAUCCUCGCAUUUUUGUUUUCAGUAUGAAAAGUCCGUUCAUGAGCCUAUCACAUCUCGAAAUAAAGUUGCCAGUAGAUGAGGACACAUUUCAUUUCUAUGACAUGAUCUCCAUGGACAAUGGGUACCUUAUCAUUUCAGACAAAGCCUUGCCAGGGUUCUGGAUGAUAAGAGUAGAGGACAAAUUAGUGAGUAAGUUAAAAUUAAAGGACGUCUUUCCAUACAGAAUGUUCGUCAGCCAUUUCGUCAAUCAUAACUCCAGACUUAAUGUGCAUGAUUUCAAUGAUUUGGAAGAAUCUGAUACCGAAAAUAAUGUUUGCAACUCCCUGAAUGAUGACCAGGGUGAUUGUGAGGCAAACUUAUUCAGAAGUUUUGAUGAUGCAAACAUUUACAGUGCUGACAUAUCUCUCGUUACUAAGGCAAACAAAGAAACAUUUUCUACUAACAGUAGUUUCAAAAUAUUAGUUACAGUAUUAAAAGAUAGACAAUACUUACUUCAUAUUUACUCAAAUCCAGUAAAUUUAGUUUUAGAAAAAGAGUUGAAACUUGAUAUAUCUCACAAUCAUACCAUCUCAAAUUUAGUUCAGAAAUCAGAUGAUGGCGAUCUGCUCAUUUGUGUGAGCAAGGUAGAUUUCAGGAAGUUCCAUUCAAGUGAGUGGUACCUAUCAAGAUACUCACCAACUGGCCAGCUACUGACAAACUACCAUUUCAAUUCAGACACGUGGGUUCCGAGAUAUAUUUCAUUGAAUCAUUCGCAAGACCCAUCAUUAGUCUAUGUUGUUAGUCGUUUCUCCAAUGAAAUUUAUACAAUUGAUUUAAAAGCUGCAGCUGGAAAUAGCAGGAAAAAACUGAAGUUGAAAAGAUUGAACUCUGAAAUUGAUCACCUGUAUUUGCCGAGCAGGAUUACAUUCACUCAAAAUUGUCUUGAUUAUCCACCUGGCCUGAAUAAUUUGAGCAACGAAUUGGAUUUGUUACUGGUUGGUCAGGGUGAGAUAGAUGACGACAAUCAUUCAGCCAUAUCCAUCAUGAAACUUGUCUGA